AUGUCUUCUAUCCAGUGCCUGAAUCCAAAAGCGGAGUUGGCUAGACAUGCCGCUGCUCUUGAGCUCAACAUCAGCGGAGCUCGCGGACUUCAAGAUGUUAUGAGAUCGAACCUUGGACCGAAAGGAACACUCAAGAUGUAAGAUAUUUUUCUGUUAUCCAGUAAGAAGGAUUUAACAAAAUAAUUCAGGCUUGUUUCUGGUGCUGGAGACAUCAAACUUACAAAGGACGGAAACGUCUUGCUUCACGAGAUGGUUUGCACUCGUUUACACAAAAAAAUGAUUCACGUGUUUUCAGGCUAUCCAACACCCGACUGCUUCGAUGAUCGCCAAGGCUUCGACUGCACAAGACGACGUUACCGGAGACGGAACAACGUCGACUGUUCUCCUUAUUGGAGAGCUUCUGAAGCAAGCCGAAUCCCUUGUUCUCGAGGUAAGAACUCUUUGACAUAGAUAAUGUUUUUAACUAUUGCUUCAGGGACUUCACCCGCGUAUUGUCACGGAGGGAUUCGAGUGGGCAAAUACAAAGACGCUUGCUUUCCUCGAAAAAUUCAAAAAGGAACUUCCAGUUGAGCGUGAUCUUCUUGUUGAGGUCUGCCGCACUGCUCUUCGCACUAAGCUCCACCAAAAGCUUGCCGAUCACAUUACGGAGUGAGAAAUCAAGAAUUAGGCGCAAAGUUCUCACCACCAUUAUUUCAGAUGUGUUGUCGACGCUGUCUUGGCGAUCCGUCAUGGUAAUGAGGAGCCAGAUCUUCACAUGGUUGAAAAAAUGGAGAUGCAUCACGACAGCGACAUGGAUACCACCCUUGUGCGCGGAUUGGUGCUCGAUCACGGAGCUCGCCACCCGGAUAUGCCGAGACACGUCAAGGAUGCUUACAUUCUUACUUGCAAUGUUUCACUCGAGUACGAGAAGACUGAAGUUAACUCUGGACUGUAUUACAAGACUGCUGCUGAACGCGAGAAGCUUCUGGCUGCCGAGCGCGAGUUCAUCACUCGUCGUGUUCACAAAAUCAUUGAGUUGAAGAAGCAAGUGGUUGACAAUUCACCUGACGGCAAGAACAAAGGAUUUGUGGUCAUCAACCAAAAGGGAAUUGACCCCCCUUCUCUCGAUCUGUUGGCUUCUGAAGGUAUUCUGGCUCUUCGUCGUGCUAAGCGACGCAACAUGGAACGACUUCAACUUGCCGUUGGAGGAGAGGCUGUCAACUCUGUUGAUGAUUUGACUGCCGAUGAUCUCGGAUAUGCUGGACUCGUGUACGAGCAUUCGCUCGGAGAAGAGAAGUACACUUUCAUCGAGGAAUGUCGUGCCCCGAAAUCGGUUACCCUGUUGAUCAAGGGACCGAACAAGCACACCAUCACCCAAAUCAAGGAUGCUAUUCACGAUGGAAUGCGCGCAGUUUUCAAUACUAUCGUUGACAGUAUGUUCAAAGAUUCUAGUAUCAAUACACAAGACUCUUAAAGCUUCGCCGCUAGUUUCUUUCUCAUAACCGUUAGAAAGUUCACGUGUUCAUUUCUUAAUAUAUCCGUCAUAACUUUUUUGCUUAAGAAAUGAAAGUGGGGACGGACAAACGGAGAAAUAAACAAACAGUCAAAAAUGAGGAUUAACUCAACGAGAGUUAUAUUAAUAUAAAUGAUGAUUUUUUUCAGAGGCUGUUCUUCCGGGAGCUGCUGCCUUUGAAAUCGCCGCCUACGUCAUGCUGAAGAGUGAAAUGUCGAGCUUGAAGGGACGCGCCAAGCUUGGAGCUGAAGCUUUUGCUCAGGCUCUUCUCGUCAUUCCUAAGACUUUGGCUGUGAAUGCUGGACAUGACGCCCAGGAGACGUUGGUCAAGCUGAUCGAGGAGAAGACUGCUGCUGGACCAGAUUUGGCCAUCGGACUUGACUUGGAAACGGGCGGAGCUGCUGAGCCACAAGGAAUUUGGGACAAUGUGACUGUGAAGAAGAACAGCAUUGCAUCGGCCACAGUUCUCGCCUGCAACCUUCUUCUUGUCGAUGAAGUGAUGCGCGCCGGAAUGACCAACUUGAAGCAGACUCAGCCAGAAUAA